GCUCCGUGUGGGUGACUGAGGCACUUCUGUUUGCUGCGAUGCCUGAGCCGGCCAAGUCCGCUCCCGCGCCCAAGAAGGGCUCCAAGAAAGCGGUGACCAAGACGCAGAAGAAGGGCGACAAGAAGCGCAAGAAGAGCCGCAAGGAGAGCUACUCCAUCUACGUGUACAAGGUGCUGAAGCAGGUGCACCCCGACACGGGUAUCUCGUCCAAGGCCAUGGGCAUCAUGAACUCCUUCGUCAACGACAUCUUCGAGCGCAUCGCCGGCGAGGCCUCGCGCCUGGCGCACUACAACAAGCGCUCCACCAUCACCUCGCGGGAGAUCCAGACGGCCGUGCGGCUCCUGCUGCCCGGCGAGCUGGCCAAGCACGCCGUCUCCGAGGGCACCAAAGCUGUCACCAAGUACACCAGUUCCAAGUAAAUAUCCGUUUUAAAGACUUAACCCAAAGGCUCUUUUAAGAGCCACCCAUUUUCUCAGUAAAAGAGCUUUGAUUUCUGUUUUAUUGAUAGCAUGUUCUUGAUAAUUGUGAGAAGCGUUCAAUGCGAAUGGUUGAAAAGCCCUAGUAUAAUUUACCAUUCGGAACACAAACGCCUAUUUCUGGUCCCUACUUGUGGUCAGUGCACUUACCUCUUUAACAGCUUUCUCUGCCCCGCUGAACACAGCGGUUACCGUUGAGCCUUCACACUGCCUGUUGUGUGUGCUCUCUUGCAGACUGCUUCGAUUACCGGCUCUUUGCAGGGCACCUUCCCUGUGCUGUCUGCUUCCUGUGUGCCAUCACUCAAAAGUCACUGUCGUCUGAAAUGAGAGAAAGGGGAAGUGGUUACGGUGCUUACUUUCCCCGAGUCGGGCCGAUUUCAGCACUGUUCUAUUCCUUCUCACUCUUCUUAUACCAUGAACUUCUGUUAUCAGUCAUAGACAUAUACCAAUAUAGCUUUAAAGUCCCUUAAAGACUUUAAUAAGUAGUAGAGACAUUCCAUUCGUCUUCCCUGUAGGAAAAAAUCCUCCGUUCAAAGUGUACAUCUUAAAUGAUUAAUUGAGCUAUUUCCUAGUUUUUCUUUAUUCUAAGGUUCCUAAUACAAAAUCCUUAAUGAUUUCAGAAAGGACUAACAUCCAAAUAGGUGAGGUCUAAUCGCAAAUUCACGAUCGCGAUUCUUUAGCCGCUGAUGCCCCCCGAUGGGCGUUUCUGAAGUUUCAUUACGAAGAUGUGUUUUAUAGCAUCGGGUUAAGACCUCAGGCUCAGAGACACAGGAAAAACUGCAAUAACCGAUGAAAAACUGGUCCCUAUGCAAGCAAGGCUCAGAAGACAGUGAAGUUAAAUAACGUUCGGAAAA